AACAAAGUGUAGGAUCAAGCGCUUACCAUCUUACCAAAACCCGCAGGUAGUGGUAAAGGCGCAACUCUAUCUCCUUAUACCAUAGCGUAGCAGGCCCCAAGCGCCACGGUUCGACCCGCGUGGGCAGGAUGCUGGCCCGCGACCAACAAUCCCCCCCCCCCAGCACCUGCCCGCAAGCAGCAUGCCAUCCAGGGGAGUCGAACCCGCGACCUUGGCUCUGAUACCACUUGUAGGAUCAACCGCUUACCAUCUUACCAAAACCCGCAGGUAGUGGUAAAGGCGCAACUCUAUCUCCUUAUACCAUAGCGUAGCAGGCCCCAAGCGCCACGGUUCGACCCGCGUGGGCAGGAUGCUGGCCCGCGACCAACACAAAGAAAAUGGAGAAAAGACGGAUAAGGUGAUGACAUUUGAGGAGUUUUUCAUGAAGAGAUUUAAACUCAUUGGAAAUCAGCUCAUCUUUCGUACUACAGAUUUGUACAUGCAUCUGCCGACUGCUUUCAUUUCAUUGGAAGUGGUAAAGAAGAUGAUUAAGGCUCUCGAUUUGCUAAAAUCCAUUGGAACUAUGUAUACCCGUGCUGUUGCAAUUAAGAGUCUGAGAGAAGUCCUGAUCAAUGGAGUUGACGAGGUUGGGAACACGAUUGAACACUUCGGAAGCUUGAGUUCUUCGAAGACAGAGCUUGUUCAAAUACUUAGAUUCCUUACUGAAACAAUACAUUUGCCAAUUUUAACUUCACACUAUAAAAUUUGGAGUUUUUGCUUGCAAAACGCGUGCUUGAUAUUUUGCACUGCUUCAAGCUCGGCUACAUUGCAUACAAAAGGAAUGAGACCACUGGAACUGCUGGUUAUUGACGAAGCUGCUCAGCUCAUAGAAUGUGAAUCCACUGUUCCUUUGCAGCUCUCUGGUAUCCGUCAUGCUAUACUCGUUGGGGAUGAACGGCAACUGCCUGCAACGGUUGAAAGCAAGAUAUGCCAGUCGGCUGAAUUUGGAAGAAGCUUAUUCGAGAGGCUGGUGAUAUUAGGACAUAAGAAGCAUCUUCUUAACGUCCAGUACAGAAUGCAUCCAUCGAUAAGUUCAUUUCCAAAUAGGGAGUUCUACGAAAGUAAGAUUUUGGACGGUCCGAAUGUCAAAGAACAAGCCCACGAGAGGCGUCUUCUUCGAGGAGGUAUGUAUGGAUCCUAUUCUUUCAUUAAUGUAAGCCAGGGGAAGGAGGAGCUUGAUAGGCAUAGCACGAAAAACUUGGUGGAGGUGGCUGUUGUUUCUGAGAUUGUUGCAAGCCUCUUCAAAGAAUCUGUGGCAUCAAAACAGAAGCUCAGGGUUGGUUGCAUAUCGCCUUAUAAAGCUCAAGUAUUUGCACUCCAAGAAAAACUUGGGCAAACAUACAAUACGGAUUCUUACCCUGACUUCUCAGUAGACGUUCGAUCUGUUGAUGGGUUUCAAGGUGGUGAGGAGGAUCUCAUAAUCAUCUCUCCCGUGCGGUGUAAUGGGCGUGGAUCUGUUGGCUUUCUUUCCAAUCGUCAAAGAACAAAUGUGGCUCUCACUCGCGCAAGGCAUUGCCUCUGGAUACUGGGCGAUGGUGCUACUUUGAUUAACAGCGGCUCUGUUUGGAAAGAACUUGUUGUCGAUGCCAAGGCUCGGGAUUGCUUUUAUGAUGCUAAUGAUGACAAGAACUUGGCUCAAGCUGUUGCGGGUGCUUUAGUUGAGCUUAACCAACUUGAUACAUUACUCAUAACUGAUUCACCGCUGUUCCGUAAUAUGAGGUGGAAGGAAUUUGGUAGUACCUGUGACAUGGCCAGACGAUUCAGCUGAUUCGGAUUAUCUACAGUUUUCCUGGAGUUGGCAAGUGAUGAAGCAGAAGACAGAACAGAGCAACAUAGUACAAUCUAAUUGAUUUGGAGGAAAAAAAUAUUUACACCGACGGUAUAUAUAAUUUAAUUGCUAUUGAUAAUAGAUGUUGAGACAUUUGCAAUUCCAGGUGCCAUGUGCAUGUGUGGUGUGCCCUAUCCCUUCCCAAUUCCCUUAUUCAUACUGGCAACUU